UUGUGAUGGCUGCAUAUAAGAAUGGGAUGGCGCCAACUUCAUGGGCGUGGCGCAUCAGGAAAACAGUGGGCAACCCUUCUGCGCCUCUGCUUCUUUGCCAUUCCGUUUCAACUCCAUUUCCCCAUUCACUAUUUCCCUAUUAAUUCCUGCAAUUUCUCUUCCUUGUAGUUAAUCCGAAUCUCUCUCUCUUCUUGCUUUUCUCCUCGUAUUUGUUCUUGUUCUUAUCGUUCCUUACGUUCUCUUGUCUGCAUAAUCAGCAAUAACAAAACCCAGAUUGAGAUUUAGUCCUUGGUUCGGCUGCUCUGUUUUAAGUCUCUGAAACCCUGAGAAGACCCUUCAUUUUAGCUGUUUGAUUCAACGUCUUCUUGCGGUUUUCGCAGGGCUGCAAUGGCGAUUUGUAUACCUGUUGGAAGCUGCAAACUGUUCUGCAGGGCGGUAGACUUGAAGUGGCAAGGUUGUAGAAAAGCUCAAUGGGAUGCUAGUAUAGCUUUCAAAAGAUGCUUGCAGGAUGAGUUCUCACGGUCGCAUAGGUUAAGUAAGUUCUCACAUUUACAAAGCAGCAAGACUUCCCAACCUACAAUUAAUGAGAAAUGGAGAACUCCGACUACAGUCGCUUCAGCGUGCUUGAAUGACGGUUCAACAAAAUAUUUUGAUUUUGUUAUUAUUGGUAGCGGAGUUGCUGGCCUUCGUUAUGCUCUUGAAGUUGCGAAACACGGGUCUGUAGCUGUGAUUACCAAGGCUGAGCCUCAUGAGAGCAACACAAAUUAUGCUCAAGGUGGUGUUAGUGCUGUUCUUUGUCCUUCAGACUCUGUUGAAAGUCAUGUGCAGGACACCAUUGUAGCCGGAGCUCAUCUGUGCGACGAGGAGACCGUUAGAGUUGUAUGUACAGAAGGACCUGACAGAAUCAGAGAGUUGAUUGCUAUGGGCGCAUCGUUCGACCAUGGGGAAGAUGGUAACUUGCAUCUAGCAAGGGAAGGGGGACACUCUCAUCGUCGGAUUGUUCAUGCUGCAGAUAUGACUGGAAGGGAAAUCGAGCGGGCUCUUUUGGAGGCAGUUGUUAGGGAUCCUAACAUUUUUGUGUUUCAGCACCAUUUUGCAAUUGACUUGCUAACUUCCGAGGAUGGUUCUGAUAUUGUUUGUGUUGGCGUCGAUACUUUGAACACUGAGACACUGGAGGUAACACGGUUUAUUUCAAAGGUGACUUUACUUGCCUCAGGUGGAGCUGGACAUAUGUAUCCAUCAACAACGAAUCCCCCGGUUGCCACAGGAGAUGGAAUUGCCAUGUCUCAUCGAGCUCAAGCUGUAAUUUCCAACAUGGAAUUUGUGCAGUUCCACCCAACUGCCUUAGCUGAUGAGGGCCUUCCAGUCAGACCAGACAAGCCAAGAGAAAACGCUUUUCUUAUUACUGAAGCCGUUAGGGGUGAUGGCGGUAUCCUGUACAAUUUAAGUAUGGAAAGAUUCAUGCCGUUGUAUGAUGAGAGAGCCGAGCUCGCCCCCAGAGAUGUCGUAGCUAGAAGCAUAGACGACCAGCUGAAAAAGCGAAAUGAGAAGUAUGUGCUACUAGAUAUUAGUCACAAACCCAGGGAAAGUAUUCUCUCUCAUUUCCCCAACAUUGCUGCUGAGUGCCUCAAGUAUGGUUUGGACAUUACAUGCCAACCAAUCCCAGUAGUUCCUGCUGCCCAUUACAUUUGUGGAGGAGUUCGUGCAGGGCUUCAGGGAGAGACUAAUGUGCAGGGUCUAUACGUGGCCGGUGAGGUUGCUUGCACGGGUUUACACGGAGCUAACCGUCUAGCUAGCAACUCAUUGCUCGAAGCUCUAGUUUUUGCACGAAGGGCAGUUGAGCCCUCUGUUGUUCAUAUGAAGAGCUCAAGUUUUGAUUCCAGUGCCUUGAAUAGGUGGGCUAGACCAUUUGUUCCCAUGUCCCUUGGAAACCAUUUCAUGAGCAGAAUCAUAUCAAUGACAAACAACGUAAGGAAACAAUUACAACUAAUCAUGUGGAAGUAUGUCGGAAUUGUUCGGUCAACCACCAGGCUCGAGACUGCUGAGCUGAAGAUCAGUGAGCUAGAAGCAACAUGGGAGGAGUACUUGUUUCAUCAAGGAUGGGAGCCAACAAUGGUGGCUCUGCAGGUUUGUGAAAUGAGGAACCUGUUUUGCUGCGCAAAGCUAGUUGUUAGCAGCGCCCUCGCUCGGCAAGAGAGCCGUGGGCUUCAUUAUACAAUCGAUUUUCCUCAUCUCGAAGAGAGCAAGAGGCUUCCGACCAUUAUACUUCCUUGUUCACCCACCAAAAGUACUUGGAGCUCAAGACAGCUUCACUGGCAACCUGUGUCGUAGUAGUAAAUACUCUCUGCUAUGGCAAACAUGGUACUGCCUAAAUCAUUAUAUUCAUUGACAGAGUUAUCAUUCUUUUGUGUAGCCUCAUUUGCCUAAGGUUACAUAUCUUAUGUGCAACUUGCAGCUUUUAUUGCAUACAAGGUUUUACAGAAAGGUUCUCCUGCUUAGUAGUUUCUAUACAUCAAAUUAUUUAGUAUCUAUGAUUUUGAGAUUGUUGAA